AAUUUUUUGUUUUAGAAUCGAUUUAUUGAUUACAUCCCUAACGGGGCAGCCAUAUUUCUUUCUUGUGUGCGUUGGAUCUCACCGUGUCAAGAUGAGUUCCCUAAAGCUACAGAAGAGGCUUGCAGCCUCUGUUAUGAGAUGUGGUAAAAAGAAGGUGUGGUUAGAUCCAAACGAGAUCAAUGAAAUCGCCAACACCAACUCCAGACAGAACAUCCGUAAGAUGAUCAAGGAUGGUCUGGUCAUCAAGAAGCCCGUAGCAGUGCACUCGCGCGCUCGCGUUCGCAAAAACACAGAGGCCCGCAGGAAGGGUCGUCACUGUGGCUUCGGUAAGAGAAGAGGUACAGCCAAUGCGCGUAUGCCACAAAAGGAACUAUGGGUACAAAGGCAAAGAGUGCUCCGUAAACUGCUCCUCAAGUACAGAACGGCCAAGAAGAUCGACAGGCAUCUGUACCACGCGCUGUACAUGAAGGCGAAGGGUAAUGUGUUCAAGAACAAGCGUGUGCUCAUGGAGUACAUUCACAGGAAGAAGGCUGAGAAGGCUAGGACCAAGAUGCUCAGCGACCAAGCCGAAGCCAGGCGCAACAAGGUGAAGGAAGCGCGCAAGCGGCGCGAGGAGCGCAUCGCCGCCAAGAAGGAGGAGAUGCUUCAGACCUUCGCGCGCGAGGACGAGGCCGCCGUCACCGCCAAGAAGUGAACAAUAAACACCUUAUAACUUUA